UGUGCCUUCCAGAAGGGCUCUGCCCCACCUCCCACCCAGCUAGUCGACCCAAGUCACGAAGACAACCCGCCCACGAUGUCCAAAGCAGCUCCCGCCAAAAAACCGGCGGCUGCGGCCCCGCCUCCGGGAUGUACCCUGGAUAUCAACGACCCCCAGGUCCAGAAGGCAGCCAUUCGCAUCCAGGCCUCUUACAGGGGCCACAGGUCCCGGAAGGAACUUCGCGAGAAGGGGCCACCGCGAGUGCUGGAGCCACUGAAGGACGUGGUGCUGAUCGAGGGCAGCGCGGCCAAGCUGACUUGCCGCAUUUCGGCUUUCCCGGACCCAUUCAUCCGCUGGAGCAAGGACGGCAAGGAGCUGCGUGACGGGCCCAAGUACCGUUACGUCUUCGAAGACCCUGACGUAGUCGCCCUGGUGGUGCGCGACGGCGAGCUGGCAGACCUGGGCCAGUACAGCAUCAACGUAACCAACCCCUUCGGCCAGUGCUCUGACUCGGCGCGCAUCUUGGUGGAAGUCCCUGCGAAGAUUCAAAAGGGACCGGAUAACACUAAGGCGCGCAAAGGCGCCACGGUGACGCUGACUGCGGAGAUCAUGGGCGAGCCUGCGCCCGACGUAGGCUGGACCAAGGACGGGGAGGACAUCGAGGAGGAUGACAGGGUGUUCUUCGAGAUCGGCAGUACCACCACGACGCUGACCAUCCGCCGGGCCACCCCAGAGGAUAGCGGCAAGUACGAGGUCUACGUGGAGAACAGCCUGGGCAUGGACCAGAGCUUCGCUCGCGUGGACGUGGCCUGAAAGAGAAAGCUUGGACCUUUCGCCCUGGCUCCAAGCUCCGGGGUGGGUGGGACCGACAACCCUCCUCCAUCUUGCUUAAUAAAGCUGCUCUCUCUGACCCUC